GGCAUCAAGAUGGAAACUAAGUUCAUGAGAACAAUGCCGGAGGGCUACAUUAUUAUUGUGCUUUCUCCGCAGAAAAACUGUGUAGAAGCCUGCCACGAGAAAUAUAAGCCAUCAAUACUGCCAACAAAGCCGGGCAAGGAAGCUGACGAGGAAAGUGAUCCACGCCGUCCUCGUCCAAGUGGUGUAAGUCCUCGUCCUCCUCGUCCAAGUGGUGUAAGUCCUCGUCCUCCUCGUCCAAGUGGUGUUAGUCCUCGUCCUCCUCGUCCAAGUCGUGCCUGAUCAAGCUACCAAGUCCGCCAUAAAGUCCGAUUGCCCGAAGAGCCUUAAGCCCAGUGGUAGACCAUUUACCAGGCAACCUCAGUCGUCCCACGAUCAUGUCUCAUGACUGCAACAUUUAGACAUGCGUAGCUGUUAUAGGAGAUAUAUUACAAAGACAGGGAAAUAAAGCAUUGAAAAAGUAUUCGACUUGUGUAUUUAAUGAACAUGCAUAUUAAUAUUUCGUAGUCCCCUUCUAAAUUAUACAAGACGUCCUACUUAGCAGUUGAAAUUGUUAAGCCUGUUAUGUUUAUUUGCAAUAUUUGUUUCUUUCAGUUUAGCUGGCAUGCCUGAAAACUAGCUAGUUGUAGCUAAAUGCAUCGACCACGAUAAACAUUCAACCUUUAA